AUGCCCCCUGGACUCACAUCUCCGAUGACCUUGAAACGGAUUCACCGCGAAAUUGCAGACCUGAAGAAGGAAGAUCUUGGGCCAAUCGUCUUGGAGCCCAGCGAUAGUCUGUAUAUCUGGAAGGGUAGCAUACCCGGACCACAAGGGAGCGUAUACGACGGUGGCAUCUUCAAUGUGGAGAUCGUCCUCCCGAACGACUAUCCGUUCUCAGCACCGAAAGUAUUGUUCAAGACGAGAAUAUACCACAUGAACAUUGCGGAAUCUGGCAACAUUUGUAUCGACAUCCUAAAGCACAACUGGUCCCCAGCACUUUCUUUGUUCAAGGUCAUGCUUUCGCUCUCGUCUCUCUUGACGGAUCCAAAUCCCAAGGACCCUCUCGUACCCUCGAUCGCGACCCAGUACACGCGUAACCGCAAACAACACGAUGCCACAGCACGACAAUGGACGGAGACGUAUGCCAAGCCUCCGCCGCCUCCCGUUGCGCAAGCAGCGCCUCCAAACAAGGGAAAGGGAAAGAAACGAGCCGACACUAGUCCUCCAAACGCUGUAGAUGGGUCGAGCUCAGCGUCCGGGUCGGGGUCAACGCGGACCAAUGGGCCUGCGACGAUGGGUGGUGGUGGCUCUUCGAACGACGUUAUCGUCGUACUCGACUCGGACGGAGAGGAAGGAGGUCUGGUACAAGGGAGGAAGCGCAAGAGAGGGAGUACAGCUGCGUCGGGAACUGUAGAGGAUCCAGGGGAUGUGGUGGACUUGGUUGACUCGGACGAUGAUGUUGAGGUGUUGGAUCCGGAAGCUCAGGUGCCAUCCAAGCGGACACGGAAACAGAAGCCUCCAACCCGAAGGGUGGAGAGCGCCUCUGGUGCGAGUGGCAGUCGACGGUCAGCACGGCAAGCCCACGAUGUCAUUGUUCUGGAUGAUUAG